UUUAAAAAAAGAUGAAUCUCAGCAACUGAAAGUGGACUUCGCCCAGCGUAGUGCUGUACUCUCGGGCGUAAAUUGUAUAUCGAAAGUUGCGACUGUACACUUCAGUAACUUUGGUUCUGUCAUAUACAUAAAUAAUGACUGAAGGGAACGGACUUCCUGAACACUCAGCCGCGCAGAAUGAAGCCCCCGCCGGGUCUUCAGCGGAGGAGAAGCCGGAGGAGAAUGGAGAUGGAAGGGUGAGCGUCCCGGGAGAUGAAGUGACUGACCCCGGAGCGGAGAAGGAGUUUGUGCACCCUGAAGGCGGCUGGGGGUGGGUGGUCAUGCUGUCUGCCAUGUGGUGCAAUGGCUCUGUGUUUGGCGUGCAGAAUGCCUUUGGGAUUCUAUUCCUGUCCCUUCUGCAAGAGUUUGGCUCUGAAAAAGACGAAGACCUCAGAUUCAAGACAGCCUGGGUGGGUUCCCUGUCCAUGGGCAUGAUCUUCUUCUGUUCUCCAAUUGUGAGCGUGUUCACCGACCUGCUGGGCUGCCGGGUCACAGCUGUUGGUGGCGCUGCAGUUGGACUCGUAGGACUCCUUGCCAGCUCCUUUGUCACGUCGCUGGGCUUCAUGUACUUCACUUACGGAAUAGUGUUUGCAUGUGGCUGCUCAUUCGCCUACCAGCCAAGUCUGGUGAUCCUGGGGCACUACUUCAAGAAGCGCCUGGGCCUGGUGAAUGGCAUAGUGACGGCAGGCAGCAGUCUGUUCACCAUCACUUUGCCCUUCAUUCUUUCUUGGCUGCUUGAGAAGGUUGGCCGUCAGCACACCAUGCGAGUCCUCUGCAUCCUCAUGUUUGUGCUCAUAUUAGCUGGCUUUACCUACAAACCCCUCAUGCCUGCGAAAACCAAGAAGCGCACUGGCAGCCGGUGUCCACGCAUGGGACAGCUCUUCAAUGUCAACAUCUGGAAAUCCCUUGGUUAUCGGAUUUGGGCCUUCGGGGUGCCAGCCGCACUCUACGGAUACUAUGUGCCUUAUAUUCACUUGAUGAAGCACGUCGAGGAGCGUUUUGGUAAAGAUGCCAACAAAGAGGUUCUGCUCAUGUGUAUAGGCAUUACAUCCGGAGUGGGUCGACUCAUUUUUGGUAGAGUGGCUGACUAUGUGCACGGGGUCAACAAGGUUUACCUGCAAGUCUCCUCUUUUCUGGUAAUUGGGGUCAUGUCUAUGAUGAUCCCUCUGUGUGAUAUCUUCGGGGGACUCAUUGCUGUCUGUCUGCUCAUGGGGCUCUUCGAUGGUUGCUUCAUUUGCAUCAUGGCACCAAUAGCCUUUGAGCUGGUAGGGCCGGAUGACGUGUCUCAGGCCAUUGGCUUCCUAUUGGGCCUCAUGUCAGUGCCCAUGACUGCAGGACCCCCCAUAGCAGGCUUUCUGAGGGACCGACUUGAGAGCUAUGACCUGGCCUUCUACCUUGCUGGCAUCCCCCCAAUGGUGGGUGGGGCUGUGCUGUGCCUCAUCCCAUGGGUGGAGGCUCGCCGAAGGCGACAGGAGGCUCAAGCCCAGGAGAGAGAUGUCUCCCAGAAGAUGCUGGACUCAGAAAAGGCUCAGGGAGAUGAUGACCCCAGAUCAGGAGAGUCUGUCCUGUAGACAGACUAUAACUGGGAACACCUUAGUGCUUCAUGAGAACAUGAUUUCAAUCACAAAGGAGGAGUCUCAAACUGACUGAAGUCAAUUUUCUUUUUGACGUGGAGACUUGUACAUUUAAAUUGUGUCCAAUGGGAAGGAGCUCAGAGGCUAAUGUUUCCUACAGCACCUACUCUAUACAAUCCUGUUUAUUUUAUAACUGUAUAAUUAGUUAACUGAUUGCAUACUAUGUCAACUUAAUUUAUAAGUAAGUUAAAUAGUUUACUAAAUUGUAUUCUCAAUACAUCAACUUUUCAUUAAGCAUCAUUAACACAACAGGUAGGCUACAGCUAUAUUGUAUUAAGCAAACAAAGUGCAAAGUUGCACUAAGCUUAGGGCUUGGCCCGGACUAGUCCUAAGUGACAUAGACAUUGACAUAUUAUGACUUGACUAUGACACUGGUGUUAAUCAAUUAUUUUAAUACAUUUUUACAGAUUUCUAAUGCAUUGGGAUCGACUAAACCUUCGUGAGCCAUUAUCCACAGAUGGAGGAGACUCUUCACAGAACUGGCUCACUUAAAUAAUUUCUUUAGUUGAUAGGCUAAGUCCUAAUGUAGUUCACUGAUCCUGCCCCAUGUCUGACUUUAUACUGUUCCUUCCCAUGACCAUAUGAUGAGUUAGUUUGACUAGAUGCCAAAACACCAACAGUGUAAUUCUACUCUUGGCAGUUCCUUUGGAGGGCAAAAGUGGGCUCAACCCAAAUAUAGAUAGUGUUAUUCUCUUAUUCACAAUUCUGAUAUGUGCCCAUUUAAAUAAUCUGGUUGUGUUUGUUUAAUAUUAAAAAGUAAGCUACAGUCACAGCACUGUGUAACCUAUGUGAGUGCAUAAUAUUCCGUAAUUUUAAAGCACUUAAUAUGGGAUUGAUCAUCAGUUGGACUUUAACCGCAACAGUAUUUCUACACAAAUUUAUAUGUGUAUAUUAAAUGUAAUAUGGGAUUCCUUUUUUAUUACAAAAUAAUACAUUGUAAACCACAGGAUUGUAGUUCUAGGACACAUUACCUGUAAUAGGCAGUUGCAGAUCAUGUAUAGUGUUAAAGCCUUCUGCCCUUUAAUCACAUGAUAUGAGUCUUAUCUGUACAUUUUAUUUCUCUGUGCUCCUGUGAAGUCCAAAGUGCAGCAGACUGUGAGCAGAUCUGUCUCCAUCUGCUGGCCUGGGAAACUCUUGCCUUUCACAGAUCCCUCACGGCCUGAACCUCUCUCUGCUUUAAUGUUGGAUUGACUUGACUGUGCUGUAACCAAAGUGCCUCAUAUAUCUUCUUAUUCCAGAGAACUGGAAGGCCUGAGACGUCUUAUUGCGUUGUGUAUGAUGUUAAUGUUUUAUUGUCAUGUUUUUUUUUCUGGAGAGGCUUACUUUUGAUAUACCUGUCUUUUCUGAAAACAUGUUUCAAUUCAUAUUUUCAUAUUUUGAGCCCAGUAAAAUGAUUUACAU